UGUGUGUUACAUUCCUGGGAAGGUUCUACCAGAGUCUAAAGGACAACGACGUUGAAUUCACACCUGCCAGUAUUGAAAAGGAGCUCUUGAAAUCCUGCAAAGAAGCAAAGGGCAAAGAGAACCGCCUGUGCUAUUAUGUUGGGGCCACAAGUGAUGCAGCCACCAAAAUCAUUAACGAGGUAUCAAAGCCCAUGAGUCAUCACAUCCCCGUGGAAAAGAUCUGUGAGAAACUAAAGAAGAAGGACAGUCAGAUCUGUGAACUAAAAUACGACAAACAGAUCGAUCUGAGCACCGCCGACCUGCGCAAGCUGCGCGUCAAGGAGCUGCGGCGGAUCCUGGACGACUGGGGCGAGGCGUGC